GUGCUCGACGGGUCGCCGGGUUUGCGUGCCGCGGCGAUGGCGAAUACCGCGGUGUUUACGAGCGGCUUCGGCGUCUUGCGACUCGGGUUGACGCUCGCGGGUAUCGCGCACUCGUGGUUUCUCGGAACGGUCGUCAUGGCGGCGUUUGGUGUCGGAGGAUACGCUCUCGUGUGCGCCUACUUCAUCGUCGGCAGUGCGGUGACAAAGAUAAAAUUGAAGGAAAAGCAAGCCGAGGGGAUAGCGGAGGCGCGGGGAGGGCUUCGUGGCCCCGGAAGCGUGUGGGGGAGCGGGACGGCGGGGAUUUUGUGCGCUAUUGCGGCGCUUUCGGGAUGGACACCCGUGUCGUUGGAACUCUGGCGGAUCGGUUUCGUGGCGAGCUUUUGCAGCAAACUCAGCGACACCACCGCAAGUGAGAUCGGCAAGGCCUACGGCAAGACGACCUAUAUGAGCACGCCACCGUUCAAGUUAGUUCCCAGAGGUACGGAGGGCGCCGUUAGCGUCGAAGGAACCGUGGCUGGUAUCGUCGUAUCGGGUCUGUUCGCCGGGCUUGCGUUCAUCAUCGGUCAACUGGAUGCCGUCGGCGUCGGUGUAUGCGUCCUCGCUGCCUUCAUCGCGACGACCUUCGAGAGCAUGCUCGGGGCGGCUGUGCAGGGUAGAAAAGGAUUUGAUUGGAUGUCUAACGACGUGGUGAACGGAAUACAGAUCACGCUCGCGGCUGGGGUGGCCAUCGCGUUGAGAACAAUCGUCUGA